AUGAUUUUGAGAUCCUAUAUAAGGCUGGAAAAAAAUAACCGGGUGGCUGAUGCUUUGUCCUGCAAAGGAGAAUGGGAUGAGGAGGAAAGGGAGUUGAGAAUGAUAACUAGACCAUACUGGCAGGAUUUCCAAGAAGUGCUGAAGGAGGUAGAGGAGGAUGAGAUGCUGAAGAGGGAUGGGGCUGAGUUCUCUAGGGAUGUUCUGGAUGAACGUGCCAAGAAAGCAGAAGCUUGGCAUCGUGAUUCUGCAGUUCGUGCGCGGUACACUAAGCCCUCACCACCAAUCACAUGUGCCACUUUUGCCCAAGAUGUGCUAGAAGGAAGAGCAAAGGCUUCACAAGCACACGAUCACAAGCACCAACCACUGAUAUUUGGACCUGCCAGCCUUGUGAAUGGAAGCUUAACAACAGAGAGAGAAAGAAUGGCAGCUCAGGUCUUCCAACCUAGUCAUAGGAUGCCAACUAUGAGCAUUGAGGAAGCUGGACUAAAAGAAAUGGAAAUAAUGAAUAAAUGGCAAGAGAGAAAUGUCAAACUCAUGGAAGAAGCCAAUUCAUCUUGGCACAAUGAUAGGAAGUCAAAGCCUGGAGAAGAUGAUGAUGAUGAAGAUGACGAUGCAGCACAAGAGAAAGCAAGGGCUUGGGAUGACUGGAAGGAUGAUAAUCCACGAGGUGCAGGAAAUAAGAAACUUACCCCUUGUGGGUAAACUGAGUUCUUCCCUGUCUUGAGAGUAAAUGGGGUUGGGAUAAAUGUUUUUGGACGAAAUCUCGUAAUCUACAGUUAAUAUACUCACAACUUGUAGUUGAUAUACUCGUAAUUAGAUUGUGCAAGAUUUUACGUGGACCAUGAUUUCAUUUGAUUAUAUGUGCAUAUUCUAGGAGUGCAACUAUGGUCUUACUC